UGUCCCUUUUACCAACCUGGUCUUAUUCUUGUUUCCCUGCAGCUUUACUGCAAGAAGCCGCGGCAGCUAUUCAGGGAAGGUGUGUUCUGCGGAGAACCUGGACCACCUGCACACCUCCUGUGACGCCUUGCGGCUGCUGAUGGUCUGGUCCCACCAGCACAGCCAGGAGUGCGGCUUCAUCCCCAACCUGAAGUCCAUCGCCUCGGGCCGCCCCGAUGAUACCGCCUCGCCGACAGUGCUGUGGAGCUGCGCCGGGGGCCACAGCUACACCUGGGAGAUGCUGCCCGCCCGGAGGGGUGCCGAGACCGGGGGAGCGGGCCAGGCCCGGGCAGGCCGGCCCUCCCCCCGCGGCGCCGCCGGCCGCGCCAGGAGGCGGGUGCUCAGCAGCUUGCCGCCCGACGGCAAACGCAGCCACCCGGGCCCCCGGGAGGGCUCUCCCAGCCAGCAGGAGGCAGCGCCGGCGGUGGGCGAGACCGCCAAGGAGGGGGAGACGCCGGCUGGCAGCGGUUCCGCGCCCCCACAAGGGGCAGAAGGCCCAGCCAUCCCGGCACCGCCCGCACCGUCCCGCGGGUCACCCGAGCGGCCCUCCGAGGAUCCGGGGGUCCAGGCCGAGCCGGACAGUGGAGCGCCCUCCCCACCGGGCGCGGACAUCGGCACCACCACCACCACUGCCGCCGCCGCCCCUCCAGGCAGGACCCGGAGAGCUCGCAGGAAGACUGGCCAACCCGCAGCCCCAACGCCAACGGGCACCGCCGACCUGCUGCAGCUGGUGUGUGAGUCAGACAGUGAGGAACAGCCCGUCAACACUGCCAGGGAUACCGGGGAGCAGCUGCAACAGCAGGAAGGUUCUCAGGAGCCAGAGAUGCAAGUUGCAGAGACUGAGCUCUUGUUGACGAGUGACAAUGAGAGUGAAGAGGAUGAGGAGCUGUUGACUGAAGUGGAGUCGGAUGAUGAAUAUCAAUUCUUUGAUGAUCCCAAGGAUGAAAACUAUAUCCCCUCAUCGGAGAGCGGUUCGGACCGAGAGAAAAGGAGAGGGAGACCUCGGAGAAACAGCACCAAGAAGCCGCCGCCCGAGGAGCCGGUCAACAGGAAACCUGCCAAGCGCCGAGUGAGACGGGAUCCAAGCGAACAGCCGAAGAAGAUCCGGAAGAAGGUCCCGAAGCAGUAUGUUCGCUGUGAGUUUGAGGGAUGUGGCAAAAUUGUUUCCAAUCCUCAGUAUUUGAAGCGCCACAUGAAGUACCAGCACAUGCUGCACCGAACCUUCGCCUGCUCCUACCCGAGCUGCGGCCGGAUCUUCCGUUUCAAAACCCAGAUGGAGGAUCACGAGAGACUGCACAGCGAUCAGCGGAAUUACAUCUGUGAGUUCUGUGGCCGUGCCUUCAAAACUGACAAGAACCUGGUGGUACACAGGAGGAUACACACGGGAGAGAAGCCCCUACAGUGUGAGAUCUGUGGGUUUACCUGUCGACAGAAGGCCUCCCUGAACUGGCACAUGAAGAAACACGACGCCGAGUCCGGCUACCAGUUCUCCUGCGACGUCUGCGGCAAGCGAUUCGAGAAGAAGGACAACGUUUCCGCCCACAAGAGCAAGAGCCACCCGGAGGUGCUGCUGUCCGGCGUGGCCGGGCUGACCGGCCUGGAGGAGGGUGACGCCUACGGCGAGGGGCCCAGCCUUGUCCCCGAGGCGCCGCCUGCUCACUCCGGGCCCCUGGAGACCGAGGGCUGGGCCCAGCUGGACCAAGGCAGCUGCCUGGAGGGUGGGAUCCGCCUGGAGGUGUGGACCCGCCUGGAGCAGGGCUCAGGUCACCUGGGGCCCGGGAGGGGCCUGGAGGAAGGGCAGAGCCACCUGGCCGCUGAGGAACCUUAAGGCCCUCUCCCCCCUGAGGUGCGUGGGUCACGGGGCGCACCCCUUCCCCCAACAAUCUCCCUGGCUUCCUGUCAGAGGAGGGGGUUUCCUAUUCCCCCCCCCCCACCCCCCUCCUCCUCCCCUCAGAGGGGUGGGAGUGUGAGGGGAGGAUCCACACUUCGAGGAGUGGGUCUGGAGGGCAGGUGGGAAAAGGGGCUCCCUUUCCCCCCACCCUCCCCAUCCUGAGAGGAGCUGGCGAAAUGGAGGGGCGGGGUCUUGCCUCUGGGUAGCCCCAGAGAGGUGGGCCAUACCUGGUCUCUCUCCUCCUCGACUCCAAGGGGCUGGAGGGAGGGCCAGGCCUCCUCAUUCUCCCCUCCCCUCCACCAACCAUUCUCUCGCUCUCACUCUUUUUCUCUAUCUCUUUCUCUCUAUCUCUUACUCUCUUCCCUCUCUUCCCCCCUCUCUUCCCCCCUCCCUUCCCCCCUCCCUUUCUCCCCCUCCCUCUUCCCCCCUCUCUCUUUCCCCCCUCUCACUUCCCCCCUCUCUCUUCCCCCACUCUCUUCCCCCCCUCGUCUCCCCCUCUCUCGUCCCCCCCUCUCUCGUCCCCCCCCUCUUCCCCCCUCCCCCUCUCUCUCUCCCUCUCUCUCCCCUCUCUCUCUC